ACUUUAUAUGACAUAUAAGAAACAUCGUGUAGAAUAGUUAAGUUUCUGGAUUUUUUGAUACGAAUAUAAAUAAAAAGUUUUUGAUUGUAUAACAUGUUGUAAUUUUCUCACAUAUAAUGGCUUUCCUUUGCCCUGUGAGAAUCAGACGAGGAAAGAAAAAGAAAUCAAGUAGCGGUGAUUCAGACAAAGAACUAUCACGGCCAGGCUCAGGUUUGAGUCCCGGUAUGGGUCGAAUCACUGGUUCUGCAAGCAUAGAAACAUUAGUCAGAGUUGGUAUAGAGAAGGAGCAUGGAUUGAGCCCAGAUUCAAAAAUGGUUGUACUACAUGACUUCGCACCUUGCGUAGACGACGAACUCGAGGUGAAAAGAGGACAAAUUGUAAAUGUUUUGUAUCGAGAAAACGACUGGGUUUAUGUUAUUGUGACUGAUUCAAGACGAGAGGGCUUCAUACCACACUCAUACUGUGCUCCAUGUGACCACCAUGACUUGAAAAAGAAACUCCCAAGAAGCAGAUCACCAACUGAUUUGGCACAUAGGGAUGUGUCACAGCUGUCAUUAUCUGAUGGAGCAACAAAUGAUGGUCAUUCCGAAUUGGGAAGUGAAGGGGAGGCUUGUCCAUUCAGCAAAGAUCCAUCGGGGAGAUAUGUGGUGUUGUACACAUUCACAGCUAGAGAUGAAAAUGAUGUUGAUGUUGAACGAGGGGAAUUUGUAACAGUCCUUAAUAGAGAGGAUCCGGACUGGUACUGGAUUGUCAGGAGUGAUGGACAAGAAGGUUUCAUACCUUCCGGCUUCGUAUACCCAGCUGUUGUUCAACCAACACAACAAGACACUACACAGACGAUAUCGUCGCCGGCGGCUAACUCUAAUAACACGACCAACAACAACACGAACAUAUCAAACGACGACGGCAGAUAUCACGGGACUGAACUAGUCAUGCUCUACGAUUAUAAGGCUCAAGCCCCGGACGAUUUAUCAGUGAAGCGCGGUGAAUGGGUUUACGCAGAUCUGACCCAGCAGACAGUAGAGGGUUGGUUAUGGGCUCACGCUCCCAAGUCGAGAAGAUCAGGAUUCAUACCUACUGCAUACGCCCGACCACCUCAUACGACAGCACUAUGAAGAACGACAUUUCAAUAUUUUGCCUUCAUACAUAUUAUGUAUCUUAAUUUGUUUGAGGCAUUCGGUCUUAUACUUAGAUUGUAAGCUAUGUUCGCCUUUUGUCAGGUUGUAAUAAUUUUUAAGUCUUCCAUAUUUUUACUGAUAUUUUUUUUAUGUUUCAUAUUUUGGUAAUAGAUUUUAUAAAAUUAUUUCCGUCCCAUUUUGACUGAUACACUAUGAUCUUUGGAUAGAUUAAAAUUAAGUAGUGAAUAAAAUUUCAUUUAAUAACA